AUGGCGAUCAACACUCUUGUCCAGACCACUGCUCCAUUAGACUACAAAGUGCCGUCAUUCCCGUCUCUCUACUGGCCCUUCAAGGCAGCGCCUGGCGUCGCAAAAUACCUCUAUCACACUUUCGACAUAUGGCGAUUCACUCUCCUAUGGACUCUCAUCAUCUACGCUGGCUGCCAUGUUGUGGUGGUGGUCUAUGCCGUCUUAAUGCAGCUGGGAAAGGGGAAGAAGGCAUGGAAAUACGUGUGGACCUUUCCGAUCAUAUAUUGUGCUACCGCGGGCGUGGAAGCUCUGCUAGCGGGUAGUCUCGUGGGCUUGAUUCUUGGAGCUCUCUACAAUGCUGGCUACUUUCGGAUGUCGACCUGGUUCCCAUUCAUUUGGGGACUAACAAAUGUCCUGGUGUUGAUCACAUCUUCAUUUUCCAUCCAAGGAGCUCUAUGA